GUAUUGGAAAUACUAAGGCAAGUACCUUUUUGCAGCAAGUAACACGUGAUCGUGGAUCACUCCUAUAGCAGCACUAGCCAUUGACGUCAGGAAACCUUAUCAGCAUACAGAGCACGGGCUAACAACAGCAGCUGCAGCAUUUUGUCUGCCCCAUCACUUAGUUUCACCCAUCGGUUUCUCGUGUCUUUGAAACCUAAUGUCUAAAGUGAAAUUCGUUGCAGGAAAUCUGGCUGAAUACCAUAGAAAGAUAUUGCACAACUUUGCUAGAAAUCAAUUCUUACUCAAAUCAAUUCAGAAUAAGGACUACUUAUGAAAGAGUUUGCACAUCAGUAACCCCAGGGUACCUUUAUUCCAAAGAGAUGAAUGAAAGCUUCUAUGGAAAUGAGUCUGCUUAUCCAGUUCCUUGGAUUGAAGCCAACGAUGGCAAUUCAUCUUUGGAGCUUUCCUCCCGGCUCCCACACUCGGCUGUCAACCCAUGGGAUAUUAUGCUGUGUAUUUCUGGGACAAUAAUCGCCUGCGAAAAUGCAAUUGUCGUGGCUAUAAUAUGCUACACUCCAACAUUAAGAACACCGAUGUUUGUGUUGAUCGGGAGCCUGGCAACCGCUGAUCUCUUGGCAGGAUGUGGAUUAAUUCUUAAUUUUGUAUUUCAGUAUUUAAUUCAAUCCGAGAUGAUUAACCUUCUCACAGUUGGCUUCUUGGUAGCAUCUUUCACAGCUUCUGUAAGUAGUCUAUUAGCCAUUACUGUGGACCGAUACCUUUCACUUUAUAAUGCGUUGACUUACUAUUCCGAAAGAACUAUACUAUGCAUCUACUUGAUGCUUAUUGUAACCUGGGGUGCCUCCAUAUGCUUGGGGCUACUGCCCAUACUGGGCUGGAACUGUUUAGAUGAUGUUUUGGAGUGCAGCAUAGUCAGACCCCUAACAAAAAGCAAUGUGACUCUUUUAUCUGUUUCAUUUUUCGUGGUUUUCUCCAUCAUGUUGCACCUUUACAUAAAGAUCUGCAAAAUAGUUUGCCGGCAUGCCCACCAGAUCGCUCUCCAGCAGCAUUUUCUCACAGCUUCUCAAUAUGUGGCUACGAAAAAAGGAGUUUCUACUCUAGCUAUAAUACUUGGGACAUUUGGGGCCAGCUGGCUGCCUUUUGCAAUAUAUUGCUUAGUGGGAGAGUACAAUUAUCCUGCAGUAUACACUUAUGCAACUCUCUUGCCUGCCACCUACAACUCCAUGAUCAACCCCAUUAUUUAUGCUUACAGAAAUCAAGAGAUCCAGAGAUCCACGUGGGUACUCUUUUGCGGAUGUUUCCAGUCCAAAGUGGCCUUUCGCUCAAGGUCCCCCAGUGACGUCUGAGUUGACUUUUCUGUAAUGACAGUUUAUCUUCUGUUCCCUGUGAUGACUUACCACACAGAUACACUAAACGGCGGACUUAAACGUUAGCACUUUAACUUUGUAUUUUAGGGAGACUGUGAUGAUCAGCUCCCCUUUCUAAGAACAAUGUGGUUGUAUAUGGAAUUAUCACGUGUGAAGUGAUUAGAUUCCAGUACUGCUUUUAUGAUAGCACUUUAUUUCUAGCUGCUGAUUUACCAGAGGAGUGUUGCACACCUUUAUGAAAAGCACUGUAUUUUGUCAUACGUUGUGAUAUAUUUUGUGUAUACAUUGUGAUAUAAUUCGUAUUUUGUACUUAAAAUAAAUUACAGUUCAAAUUA